GGGGGGGCGGCUGCCUCCCAGCAGCGGUUUGAAAGAAAGGUGAUUUCAGGCCCCUCUCCCCUUUCGAAAACAGCCCGGCCGUACAGUUCGGCGGGGUGGAGGCUCGCCUCCCAGGCCCCACCCCGCUAUGACAUGGCGGCCAGGGGAGGGGCGGCGGAUGGGGACCCGGUAGGGAGCGGGUCCCGCUGCCCGGCGCGGCAUGGCGCGACCCGGUGCUUGCCCCAGCCGCUCGAUGGGGGUGCUGGUGCUGGCACUUCUCUGCUGCCUGCUGCAGGCGGGCAGCGCUGCCCUCCUGGCACCUGCAGGCACCCGGCUUGGGGAGGAGGGCGGCGGCGGCGGCGCCGGUGGCCCGGGCCGCCCUCCGUGGGAUGGAGGCGGCGGGGAGAAAGAAGCGAUGGCAGCGGCCCUCCGGGAAAGUGCUAAAAGAAUUAGAUUACUGAAUUCACCAUCGAAAGAUAAUGCAACUGCCCUCUAUGGAAUAAAUCAGUUUUCUCACCUGUUUCCUGAAGAGUUCAAAGCUAUUUACUUAAGAAGCAUACCUCACAAACUUCCCAGAUACGUAAAAGUGCUAAAGGGAAAGGAAAAACCUUUGCCCAAGAAGUUUGACUGGAGAGACAAGAAAGUCAUUGCAGAAGUGAGAAAUCAGCAAACAUGUGGAGGCUGCUGGGCUUUCAGCGUUGUGGGUAGUAUAGAGUCUGCCUAUGCAAUUAAAGGAAAUAACCUGGAAGAACUUAGCGUACAGCAGGUUAUUGACUGUUCAUACAAUAAUUACGGAUGCAGCGGGGGAUCCACUGUUAGUGCUUUGAACUGGCUGAACCAGACAAAAGUAAAACUUGUGAGAGAUUCAGAAUACACUUUUAAAGCUCAGACAGGACUGUGCCAUUAUUUUGGUCACUCAGAUUUUGGAGUUUCAAUAACAGGAUUUGCUGCAUAUGACUUCAGCGGUCAAGAAGAAGAAAUGAUGAGGAUGCUCGUUAACUGGGGCCCUUUGGCAGUAACAGUAGAUGCGGUUAGCUGGCAGGAUUAUCUUGGUGGGAUCAUACAAUAUCACUGCUCCAGUGGACGAGCAAAUCACGCUGUUCUAAUCACUGGUUUUGACAGAACAGGUAGUAUCCCUUACUGGAUUGUACAGAACUCGUGGGGGCCUACAUGGGGAAUAGACGGCUAUGUUCGUGUUAAGAUAGGCGGCAACGUCUGUGGUAUAGCAGAUACGGUUUCAUCAGUAUUUGUUUGACACUAGCUGGCCAAAGACAACGAUUAUCAUUUGGAUAAUAGUUUGGCACACACUUUAUGUGAAGAUAUACUUCAAAGCAACCUUUUCUAAAGUAAGAAAUGACUGUAAGGGCAAUUCCUGCUUUUAGGCAGUGUAGAAAUGGGUUGGCCUGAGUUUUUAAAAGUGUUUUUAUUUGGCAUGUGCGUUGCAUAUCAAAUCUCUCAUGGACUAAGAAGACUCAGAAUCAACUGCAGAGUACGUAAAAAGAAGUUACAAAGAUGGACUGAAACUGUGAAUGUGAACCCUUAUCCAGGUGUCUGAAUACUGGUCCAUAAAAAAAUCUUAAAAGGAAAGAAGUGAUGACAAAUGAUAAGGAAUUUGGAUCAAAUAAUCAAUAGUAUGACAGAAUAUAAUCAAAGUGCUUUGAAUAUAAGAACCACCAUGAUUAGGUCUGCUUAUAUUGCAGGGGAGGAAUGGCAGUUGGAAGAAAAUAUUCCCUUUGUUUUGCUUUGAUACCUUGUAUUGAUACCUUUGCUUUGAUACCUUUGAUACCUUGUCUUGGCUUUUCUGGCACCUCUGACAGACACACACAUUUUGUCUUCCUCCUUUUUGUGAAAUCCUACUUUUUCUGUAGAGCUAGAGCAAUAGAAGAGGGAAAUGGAGCGUCAGAGUUGUUUCCUGAGCACCCGCUGUCUCUGAAGGGCUGCAGCCUUCCAGUUUCAGUCUUCAGACUUUUUUUGGGUAAAUAGGACUUCAGAGUAGGGAGGGUAUUUUGGAAAGUGCCUGGAAUAUCAGAGUCUUCUGCAUUAAUUUGUUAGGUGUACAGAAAAGUAAGAAGUAACUGUAGUUAGACAAACCAAGGCAGUUACAACCUGUGACCUGGCAGGAUGUAUUUGCAAAUCAGCCUUUCACUGCUUUGAGAGCUGUGUUAGUUCCAUGCCUUCUCUCUUCUCUACUUCACAACUAAUAGUGAAGCCCAUUGCAAAGCAGAAAUUAAAAACUUUAUGCAUUACAGAAAAAAUUAUGAGGGUGGGGGUUGUUAAUAUGUAUUUGCCACCUUCAGAAAGUCAGCAAUUACAGAAUACUCCAAAUAGAGUGGAUGUUAAAUUUCCCUCCAUUAGUUGAAUUCAUAGGUGGACCUCUCUGGGAAUCAAAAGGUCGUUCCAGCCCCACUGACCUGUAAAACUGCACUUGCAGGCAAAUGUAACUAGAAUUCACAACUGAACGUGUCAUUCUAGAAUGCUCUGAAUAUUUUAUCUGGAAUGCCUUACCUAUAUCCUUUCUGAAGCACUACCAUGAAAAGUAUUGAAACAAUUCUGUAAUUUUUGCAGUCAGUUACUCAAUUGCACUCAUUUGUACCAUGUUAAUAGAUGAGGAUAUUAUCUUUUUAUCACAAAUGUGAUCAUAAUUGCCUAUUGUAAGUAUUGUCAUUUUAGUCCUCCUACUUUUAAGUGUUAAUAUUUUUAACGGAAGGAAGACCAAGUGCUAUGUUUCACUACUUCAGGUUCUGCUACUUACUGAAUUUACUGGCUGAAAACUUCAGAUGAACAAAAGCGGAAGUCUUCCAUAGUUUUACAGUUGUCUGUAGUAUGGCCUUCCCUUAGCAGUUUACAAACAACAAAUAGCACACUUCCAUAACUGGAAAACAAUAGCCAAAGUUCCUAAUUAGCAUUGAUAAGAGUAAUAUUGUUAUAGUA